CCAACCACCUGCACCAUCACCAACAUCAUCAUACUACUUUGAGGCUCCCGCCUGACGACUAUCAGCCCACUACCCAUCUGGGUGGGGAUCCAAUCUAUGCAACGCGUCACCCACACUCGUUGAACGCCCUUGAAAGGAAGAGAUAUCUGGCUGUACUCUGUCUCGGCUUGUAAAUCCCUCAGCUUCUCGUCAUAGUGUGUAUACGGCCAUGGAGGCCCAUGGCAUCACGCCCACCCUGGAUAGCCCCCCGCCAAAGCCAACGCUGGACCAUUUGCGAUAUGUCGUGAACAAGUACCCUCUCAUUGACAACCAUGCACAUAACCUGCUUCUGCCAUCCCAUAUCGACACUGUCCCCUUCGAGUCCAUCACUUCUGAAGCCCAGGGCCGAGCGCUCCGGGACACGUUCAAAUCCCUUCCCCAUCUGCGAGCCGCACGUCAGCUCCGUGACCUGUACAAGUGCGCCGAGGACGCGACCUGGGAAGAGGUCCAGGAGCAGAGGCUGCAGUGCUUGAGGAGUAACCCUGAUCAGCUCUAUGAAGACUGUUUCGCUGGCACCCAUGCACUAUUGAUAGACGACGGCCUCGCAGGACGCGAUACCGUCUAUGAAUAUACAUGGCACGAUCGCUGGACCAAGGCGCCGUCAAAGCGCAUCGUCCGGAUUGAAACCCUAGCUGAGCGCUUGAUGGAGAGUCUCAUGCAAGAAGCCACUGAAUCAGAUCUCGACGAUCCGGAGUACUUUGCAGAAACCUGGCUCGCAUUCACUGAAGACUUUGAGCGCGAGAUCCAACACGCCAUUCGUGAUGACGAGGUCGCAGGCUUCAAAACGGUCAUCUGCUACCGAACUGGCCUUGACAUCGAGCCCGACUAUGUGCGUGCGGCCAAAGCGGUCGGGAUCCCUUUUGAGCGAUACGUAGCGCGCUGUAUCCGUAAACGGAGUUUCAGGCUCCAACGCAAAGCAUUGAAUGAUUACUUGGUCUUGCGGACGCUAGAGAUUCUGUCCGAGCGGCUCCCGGAGCCUGGCGGAUUCUGCAAGCCGUUGCAAUUCCAUACUGGGCUGGGCGAUAACGAUAUCAGUCUCCGUGAAGCCAACCCAGCCUAUUUGCAGCCGCUGAUUGAGAGCUACCCCCAUGUGCCGUUUGUACUGUUACACUCCGCUUAUCCGUACACGCGACAGGCGGGAUAUCUCGCCACUGUCUACAAACAUGUCUACCUCGACAUUGGCGAAGUCUUUCCCAUGGUCAGCAAAGAUGGUCAGAAGGCAAUUCUGCGGCAGUCGCUGGAACUUGUCCCUGGGAGCAAACUAUUGUACUCCACCGAUGGCCAUUGGUUUCCCGAGACCUACUGGCUUGCGAACAAGCAGUUUAGAGAAGUGUGGUUGGAGCUACUGACAGAAUACGUGCAACAAGGGGAGUUGACUCCUCACCAAGGCAUCAAUCUCACCAAGGACCUCCUCUUCAACAACUCCAACUUCCUCUACAGGCUCGGCUACCAGGCCGACUUCAAAGAAAUGGAAGAACCCCCAAAGACUUUGGCCUGGCGCUCCCAAGUCGAAUCCCCCAUCCAGCCUACGCCACUUCAUACUCGCCCGACGUUCCUGGAUCCAGGAGUAGGGAAACAGGAGUCUCCAACCUUCCCACCUCCUCCAAAGAAACCUCAGGUCUACGACGUUGAACUUUUUGAAGACUUCAUAAAGGCAAAUCCAACCACCAAGUUUAUCUACGUCCAAUGGCUCGACUACAUGGCCACCAUCCGCGCACGCAUACUCCCCAUCAAGGAAUUCGAACGCAUGAUACGCGCUGGCGACCGCAUCAGUAUCUCCCAAGGAAAUACGGGAACGCUGCAAAACGACACCUCGACCCCUGUCAUGAACCCCGUCGGGCAGAUCUACAUUGAACCUGACUUGCGGUCCCUGCGACGCACGCAUCAGCGGGAUCCGCUGCCGUCAGCUACGGUGCUCAGUUUCUGGCGUGAUGAACAGGGACGGCCGAUGCGGUCGUGCCCGCGGUACAAUCUGGAGGUUCUGCUGAACGAUUUGAAGUUCAACCACGGUGUCGAGCUCGUCUGUGGAUUCGAAAUCGAAGUGACCUUCCUCAAGCGCGAAGACUCGGUUCCUAAGCCGUCAAAGGGCAAAAACCCGGCGUCGCCCAGCCAGUCUCUAUCUGACGGAGUGAGCGGAGACGACAACGAAGAUCAUGACCCCUAUACUCCUCUAACCGGUACCACGCACGCCUGGGGCACCUUCACCCCCUCCGACUUCCUCUCCCUCCCUCUGCUCGCUGAGAUCGCGGACGCCCUCUCCCACACGUCCAUCGAGGUUCAGCAAUUCCACUCCGAGUCGGGGCCGGCGCAAUUCGAAUUCGUCCUGUCCCCCUUACCGGCCCUCGCGGCCAUCGACGCCUUGAUCCAGGCGCGCCAGUUCAUUUGCCAGAUUGCGGCCCUGCAUGAUGUGAGGGCUACUUUCCAUCCGCAAGUCUGGCCUGGAGAAGCGGGAACGGCGGCACAUGUGCACGUCUCUGGUGUCAAUGGGGACAAGGAGAUGCCGUUCUGGGUGCAAGGCGUCCUUGGGCAUCUCCCCGCGCUGUGUGCGUUCAGCAUGCCCGAGGCGGAGAGCUAUGCGCGCGUGAGGGAUGAUAGCUGGACGGGGGGCACGUGGGUGGCGUGGGGGACGCAGAAUCGGGAGACGCCGCUGAGGAAGGUGCACGAGGGGAGGUGGGAGGUGAGGUGCGUGGAUGGGUUUGCGAAUGCGUAUUUUGUGGUUGCGGGGUUGGUGGCGGCGGGGAUUCUGGGGUUGACGGGGAGGGUGGAGGAGGAGUCGAAGGGGAUGUCUGAGGAGAGGAGGCAGGAUACGGGUGUUGGGGUUGGGAUUCUUCCUCCUCCGCCACUGCUGUCUCCUCUCCAGGAUCCGGGGUUGCAGGGUGAGGAUGGCUCUCAAGCACAAGCACCAGCAGCACCAUCUCUUCAAGCGCCCCUUUCUCCCUUCCCACCACCGUCGGCGCCGGAAUCCUCACCCCCAUACCCCAUCGACACCCCCUAUCCCCCGAGCACCCUGACCUCGUCCCAACGCCUCUCGUACGGCAUCACCCGCCGCCUUCCCUUCUCCAUCUCCCAAGCCCUGGCCGCGCUGGAGAGCGAUGGCAGCCUGAGGGAGAUGAUGGACGAGGUUGUGCAACCGUAUCUCGCCAUGAAGAGGGCCGAGCAGGGCAUGUUGGGCGCCAUGGGGAAGGGGGAGAGGAGGGUCUGGUUGGUGGAGAGGUAUUAGGGGGGUUGGGUCGUAGUCGUGGCUUAAGACGUUGAUGGUAAUGAUAGGGAGG